AUGACAGGUCCGAUUUCCGCUGAAGAGGUGUCGUUCGACAGCGGGUCACUUACAGCACCAGAUUACCCGUACAAGGCGUCGAACAACGGAUCAUCUUGGUCCCCCAGUCUGCCCAACCUGACUCGCGUCGUGGGGAUGCUGGACCGUGAACUUGGCUUGGCGGCCAUUGUCCGGCCGUCGCUGACCACGGCGCGGCGGCGCAAACAAGCCAAGCACGUUCUCGUUUUCCUCGACCCCCCAGAAUCGACGCCUUCCUUGCGCCUCCGAGACAGUAUGCGCAAGGUCGACGACCGCGCGUUGCUGCAGAAGAUACUCGCCGGCUUCGCUCUUCUCAAGACGCCGUCUCGAAGCCUCCAUGAGGAAGCUACCCAGGUGCUGGCUGUCGACAAGGAGCUGUCCGCCAUAAUUCAAACGGGCGGCUCCGAGUCUUCUUCCAGACACUCGCAGGGGGCAUCCGUCACGCCUGGAAUUUUUGACGCUAGUCUUGUCCGUCGUGACAUGCUCGUCAGCGUCAGCAGACUCGCCAAAGACUACGGCACCAAAGUAUGGUCGUGGGAGGAGUACGCACGCAUUCUGCUGGGCGACGUCGUCUUCGGAAAGAAUUCUUCGAAUGAACCGAGCGUUCUGGUUCAGGUCGAAAGCCCCGAGCAACUCGGCCAGCUAUCGACGCUGCUCGGCAACACUGAGGUGACCGCGUUGCUCAACUACGUGGCAUUCUCGCUGGCCGCGUUCUUGUCCCCCGCUUUGCCCCACGAUGAAACAGCGGAGGGGCUGCUCGUUCUGAGCCACGGGGAGCACAUACCACAGGUGCCGGAAGAGCUGCAGGCGUGCGUUCAUCUGCUGGCCCGAACCUACCAUUUUGGUGCCCUCUCUCUGGCCCGCCAGGCAGUCAGUCGCGACAGCGGCGAUGGAAACGGCUACAAGUACGAGGGCGCCGUGCGCGCUUUGGUGGAUGGAGCGAGAGAUCAGGUGUCGGCCCUGCUGCGUAACCGCACAGCGCGGAUGACGAGCGUCGAGCUGUGGAUGGCGCUGCAGAGGCUGGACACGUUGCGUGUAGUGUUCCUCGCGGAGCCCGAGCAGAGCGACGAACAUCUGUCGCGCUACUAUGGAGCUGCGCUGGCCAGCGUCGACACUUUCCAGUCGCUCACACAGGCACGGGACUCGGAGUCGAGCGACAGUUCGGGAAGCCCUACCACCCCGUCGCCCAGAUCGCCGGACAAGCCCACCUUUCUGCAAGAGUACAUCGCCCAGCAGAAGGAGACCAGUGACCUCUACUGGAACAACCCGCACCUACCUGAGGAGAACCUGGAGACGCGGUGGCCAGCGCUGCGUGUCAAGCCACGCGUCGACUAUUUCGAGGCGCGCAACGCGCUGCUCGUUUCGCCGAGCCUGGUGUCCUUCCUGUCGGCGAUGCUGGUGGGCCUCGACCCGCUUCUCGUGCCCAUGGUCGGCUCGGAUGUGGUCCGAGCACUACUGAGCGUCGUGGCCAGCAGCCAGCGGUGGGGGCUGGACGCAGCCAAUGGCCCGCACGACUCUGCGGAGGACGCUCACUCCAUGCCUCGACACAGAGAGAACGCGACCCGUUGCCUGGCCGAGCUGUACGCCAACCUGACCGGCUACCGCCAGGCAGGGCCCCGCUUGCCCGACGAGCUGUUCUUCGACGCGGCGGCUGUGGAGCCUCUCUUCGAACUCUACAGGACCUACCUCGCCAAGUACCCUGAGCUGCGCGAUGGUCCGAACAUUCCUGAGCUGGCUGGCAAGAACUCCCUGGAAUUGUUUUUUAUCAACUACGCGGUGGCGCACUGUGAACACGGAGCGCGACCAGGGGACGCCCAAACUUCGAGCGGCGGAGAGCGGACGCUGUCGGUGGCCGCGCGGUUCAACGUGGCUCUCAUGAACUCCAAGGCUUUUGCAGCCGUUUUUCACUGCAAGGAAGACGACGUGAUGAAUCCACGCAGCAGAUGCGAAGUCUGGUAAAACAAGAGAUGCCGGCAGCCAGAAGGGGAACGCCAGGUCGACCUCACGUGGAUUGCCUCAUGGAGCAACUGUCUCGCAGCUGGGCACGCGGGGACAGCACGCUUUUUCUUGUGCUUUUAUUUUUCGGGCACACUGCAUAAAAUUGAGUCGAAUAGA